CUGCUGUACACCGUGACUAUGGGACACAACCCAACCGGCAUCCUCCUUUCCCUCGAGCGCCGCAAGGCCCUCUACGCAGUCUGUUCCAAAUUCGACGUCAUCAUUGUCGAGGAUGACCCUUACUGGUACCUCCAGUUCCCCUCUGCCGCGUCUGAAGAGUCCAAGUCGCGCAACCGACCUCCCGUCGCCGACGCCUUCUCUGAGUCCUCACUCAAGAACAACAAGUCCUCUGGCUACGAAUUCCUCGACUCUCUGGUCCCGUCCUUCCUUAGCGUCGACGUUGACGGCCGCGUCGUCCGCCUCGACACCUUCAGCAAGACCGUUGCACCCGGCUGCCGCCUCGGCUGGGUCACCGCGCAGCCCGGCCUCAUCGAGCGCUUCGUCCGCGUUAGCGAGGCCACCACCCAACAGCCCUCGGGCUUCGUGCAGAGCGUCAUCUCGGAGCUCCUCAUCGGGCAGAAGCAGCCGCCCGAGGUCACGUCCGGCUGGCUCUCCCUGCGCACCAACAAGGAGCGCGCCGCCUACAGCGGGUGGCAGACGGACGGCUGGGUGCGCUGGCUCGAGGGCCUGCGCGGCGAGUACGAGAGGCGCAUGAACCGCAUGUGCCGCAUCCUGGACGAGGGGAGCGUCUAUGUCAAGCAGGGCACGCCGCGUGCGGUCCAGGACGCUGACGUCUGUGUCCUGACCAAGACGAAGCUGUACGACUUUGCCUGGCCCAGGGGCGGCAUGUUUGUCUGGAUCAGGAUCUUCUUCGAGAAUCAUCCGCUCUACGGCGUCCCGAGCUCUGACGGUGCCGACCUUAUCGAUGGUGCUGCGCUCGCGACUGGGUUGUUGCUCUACCUCACUCGUAAGCCGCAUCUGGUGCUCAUCAGCCCUGGUGCCAUGUUCAGCUCCACCGAGCAGGUGAGGAGGGACGUGGGCUGGCAGUACGUGCGCAUGUGUUUCGCGGCUGAGUCGGAAGAGAAUGUGGACUUGUGCUCGCAGAGGUUUGUGCGAGGCGUGAGGAAGUACUGGGCCAUCAAGAAGGUCAAGGAGCUGGAGGAUAUCAUCAAGGAUUCGCCUGUGGCCGAGGGGAACGAGCUGGAUGAGGAGGUUGCAAACCUGGGACUAUAUAUGGGCUGCUAGUUUGAUGGUGAUGAUGAUGACCACGACGCCUUCAUUUCAUUUCCAUCGUGUCUGUGGAUAACUAGGGCGUUUCUGGCUGGGUUCGUUUGAUAUGAUACACGAGCUAGACCGGGAAUUUGCAAGUUGAUAGCAGCACAAAAAACCAAAUAUAAAACAAAAGACACUAUCCAUGCC